UGCUGCACUCAGAUCUCCACCGGACCGGAUCACCACACGUGAUACCCCUGAAUCGAGGUAGAGUAGCGAGGUACGGAGUACUCCAACAUUAUCUCACAGUUCCCUCCGCCAUUCCACUUCACCACAAUGACGACUUAUGUUCUUUACAGUCUUGACGGCGCAAUUAAUGAAUUCUUCAAGUCGAACACUACUGUCACAAGACAGCAAUGUGAUGAAUUCGCCAUUUCUCGCGCUGGUGGUGUGUCCACUGCUUUACAGAUGCAAGGAGUGUGUAGCUAUACCGUGACAGCGGGGCCCAACAACUCCCAGCUCUUCCAGUUCCGAGAUGAGAACUCUGUCAUUGACAUGGGCAACAUUUCCCUUGCUAGAGCAGUCCAUCCCGAAUUUGUGGCUAGUUGCAAGUAUCUUGGUACUAUGGGCGACUCACGGCCAGUCUAUAUUUAUGAGAUGGAGCAUCUUCCUGGAAUUGCUCAUAUAAUGGCGCGUAUUCCUCUAGAGGACAUGCCCCGACAGUGUAACACUAUCAAGGACUUUGCAAGGUUCUUUGCGCAGUCGUGGAACAAUGACCUACGGCCAUGCUUAGAUACAACUACAAACUUGCUUAUGGAGUUUCAAUCAAAUUUUGAUCUUCUUGCUCGAAACCUGCCAUCUCGCUUUGCACCAAACCUAGACAUAGUCCGCAAGGAGCUCCUGUCUCUCUUUUCCAAAGCCCUUCCCUUCGUUCUUAGCCACGGUGACCUUAACAUGAUGAAUCUCCUCGUCAAUCCUAAAACUGGAAAUAUCACAGGGAUUGUUGACUGGGCUGAAUCAAGGAUUCUACCUUUUGGCUUCGCGCUUUACGGGCUUGAGAAUUUUUUGGGUUGGAUGGAUUCAGGAGGGUGGCACUACUACAAUCACUACCGUGAACUCGAGAGCCUGUUCUGGCAAACCUUUCGAGAGGAGGCUCGUAAUUUCUCCGACACUGAUUUACAUUUGAUUCGUACUGCGAGGAUGGCUGGAUUCUUCUACCGUUACGGAUUUAAUUUUGACAUGAAAGGUGCAGUGCAAAGUGUGCGGAUGGACCAGCCGGAUGGUUCACUCGCAUAUCUCGAUGCUUUCUGUGCUGCUGGUGAGUAGGCUUCUCUUUUCUGAUCCUGCAUAUGAUGUACUGCAAGGCAGGUGGGGUGGUAGGACGUUAUGUGCUUCUAUAUGUAUUGUACUUGAAAGUCUAGUAGGCGAGGAAACUACUUUAGCAAAACACAACUUUUCCUUCUUUCU